AUGGCCCGCGCUGCCAUGUCUUCACCUUCAGAAGUACCACCGCCAGACGACGCACUGCUCGCCAAGGUUGCCUUCAAGCACGCCAUGCAGCAGGAGUGGGAGGCUCCCUGGUAUGGAUUUUAUGCAAUAAUUCUCCAGCCGCUAUCGCGAAUCUACCGUUUGGAACAAGAAGAUGAGACACUCCCCGAGGAUGACAAGGAUCGUUCCUUUCUAGCAUGCACAAUCCUGCAUCCUCAGCACCCUGUCACUACCGAUGUAGAACUAGAACAGAUAUAUGAGCCUAUUCCCGACGACUUGGAAGAUGAAAUUGACAGCGACAGCGACGACCUUUCCGAUAGUCUGUCCCCACCAAGUUCGCCAACGCCAGGGCCCCCUGCCGACUUGGGUACUAAUUGGCCGUUCAACGUCGGAUUACCGCAGAAUCUGGUCCAGUUGAUCGAAGAUCCAGUUUUAUGCAGUCCAGAGUCGGCAAGAAGCGGUGGACAGGCCUCACCGACGAAUAGUGACAGUCCAGUAGGAGCCCUUUCACAGGGCCACUAUCGGGAAUCACGGUCUGUCAGCUUGGAACCAAGGGAAUAUCGCCGCAUUCGGGCAUUCUGCAUCCCCGAUUUUCUUCCCACUCGUACCUACCUCAGACCCAAAACAUGGGAGCCGAUCACCACCCGGCACGACCUUCUCGUCGAGGUGAAAGGACUUGGCUGGUUGAAAAAAUAUCGGGGAAACCCUAUAAGCUAUGCCUUUAGGCAGGUCCUUCAACAGCUUUAUGAACAAGCUGGCCACUCGUUCCGGGCAGAUCCGAACCUUCAGGUCAUCAGUCUCCUCGCUAUAAUUGGACCUCACUGCCAAUACUCCGAAUGUAGAAGAGGCGAUUCAAGGAGAUACGAUCCUUUGGCGAAGUACCGCGAUACAACGUACGAGCCUUCGGAAACCGGGAGUGACACUCCAUCUCCUCAACUCUCCGGACGCAGAAAACGAGAUUCCAGGAGAAACGAUCGUUUUGCGGAGGGCCGUGAAAUCGCACACGAACCCUCGGAAACUGAAAACCCUUUCUCUUCUCCCUCUCCUCCCCCGUCCCCCUUGCCCGAAACACCUCGAGAUUCCCAAUCCAGUAACUCAUCUGAGGAACCAGAGGAACGAGAGCAAGGCGCACCAAGCCCGGAAUCACCCUACUUGGAAAAACUUACUCGAUGCGUCCAUACCUUCAGCGAAGAUUACUCGGGAGAGCACAGGCAAUGGGUUCAGGCCCUCAUCGCGCGGAUCGACGAGUUGGACCGCGAGCUGCUUCAAACUGCCCAGAAUAUUUAUAUCUAA